CAUAAACGGUUGAAAUACACAUACCUUCAGUAAAUAUAAUGUCUUAUUUAAUGUGUAUAGAACCAUUUAACAAAACAAUCAAAUGAGUUACUAGACUUGAUCCAUUACAAAUCUGACUUAAUUUUCAAUCUUAUUUUAUUAAAGUAUUUUUAUCAACCUGAAUUUCUUCAACAAUAUUUUUUAUUUACUUUCAGUUAUUCGAUUUUGGUCAUCGUAUUAACGACUCCAUAGUAAAAUAUUAAUUUUAUACCAGUGUAAAUUUUUUAUGUGAUAAAAUGGAUAAAAACGAUGUGUUUGAAUUUGAUGCCCCUAAGACUUUUACUAAUUUAUAUGAAAUGGCCAACGCCGAAGAUGACGGAGCUGACAAAUUUUUUGAUUUAAUUGCUGAAAAAAUGGGAGGUGCUAAAUCUGAACCUAGCUUGGAAGUUAUAAAACAAGAAUCACUUUUUGAUGAAGACGAUGAAGAAAAUAAAGAAAACUUUGCACCUGAUGAUGUAUUUGAUCAACACAAUUUAAAUUCAAUUGCUCAUCAAUUAAUUCGUUCAGCAAAAAAACCAAGAACUUCAAAACUACAUAAUAGACAUUCUAUAACUGUUGAAGGUAUUGAAGUUGAAUUACCUCGAGUAAAACAUCAUGCCAUGAUUACAAGAUUAGAUGAGUUGGAGAAUACACCUAAGUUUGAUCUUCGCUCUCGUUCAGUUGUUAAAUCUGAAUACAAAUAUGAACAAGUGAAACCAGGUUCGCAAGAAAGCAUUAUAUUAAAUAAAAGUGCAAAAAAAUUUAUGAGUAUUGCUGAAAAAGUGAGACAUUUCUUCAAUGAUACACCACCUAGAUUUCAUUCUAAACCCACUGUCUCGUCUGGUUCAAACGUUUUAAAACCAAGAAGUACAGUUUGUUUAUUUUCAUCAAAUGAUAUGAAUAAUUUAUCUAGUACAUUUAAUAAUGGUGACAACAUAAAUGAAAUAAAACAGUCAAGGAAAGAUCAUGAAGACAUUUCUGGAAGAAAUUUACCGAAUAUCAAUUUCAACUCACAAAAUCCUUUAAGCUCUAUAAAAGUGUCUACUAAAACUCAAUCAAUUAAAAUUCUCAAUUCUCAUGAUGGCGUUCAAGUAGUAGAAAAUAAAGAACUUGGCCAUGGUGGUAUUAAAGUACAAGAAAAACAAUUACAUACAGUUCCUAAACCUUUCAGCUUUGAAUCUCGUAAAUCAUACGCAAUUGCUAAAUCAAGUACUAAAAUUCCUCAGCAAUGGAUGUUUAAAGCACGUCCUGCUACAGUUCUUAAAAAAAAACCAUUUGUACCAAAACAUGAGAAAAAAUAUACUGAGCCUAAAAAUGUACAGCUUAAUACUGAAAGACGCGCUAAAGAAUGGAUGGUGUUUGAACAAGAGUUAAAAGAAAAAUUUUCACAUUAUGAAGAAAUGGCUAAAAAAAGGCAAGAAGAAAGUAAAAAAGAAGAGAUUCGUGCAUUGAAAAACUCUAGAAAACAAACUGUACAUAAACCUAUACCAAUUAAGAAAUAUAAACCUAUUUUAAUAAAAAAAUCAGAAAAGCCUGUUACAGUACCACAUAGCCCAAGAUUUUCAAUUCGUCCAAAUAGAGGAUGUAUAAAUACUGUAUGCGAAUGACCACUUAACAAAUUGUUGUUGUAUUGAAAUAAUUGCAAUAAUCAAGUGUACUUUAAAUAAUGUGUGUAUAUUAUAAAUAUUUUAAAAUCUUAAUGUUUUUUUUUUAAUUUUUGAAUAAAAUAUGUUAACUUUAUAUGUGUGUAAAUAAUGACUUAUCAGGUAACAAAUGUUAUAAAACUGCAAAUGAUAAUGUGUUUUUUUUAUCUUUCAACAUUUAUUUAAUUUACUUAAUAUUGAUGGACAAUCACAACCAGUACUGUAACAUUUAAUUUUUUUGUUUUUAUAAAAUGAUAUGAUAUAUAGUUAGUUAGAAAGUUUUGCACUUUUAUACUUAUGUUUUAUGAUCAUUUUGUUGUAUGAGUAAUAAAUAUUAAAUGUCAUUUGGGGAA